UUUCACUCCUUUCAUUUUUUUAUGCAGGACUGUGGUUCUCAGAUUCAUCCAGAGGAGUCUUGUGGCUUGCAGCCUCUGUCUCAUGAAUACCUCUCUGCAAUUUCACAGACAGUGCUGAAGACCUGUGAAGCUGGGGAUGCAAAAGGGCAGUGGAUUGUUCCUUGCCUCAGCUGCUCUGACAACAGAACCUGUGACUGGAGAGAAAUAAUGUGGCAGCCCCAUGGCUGCCAAUACUCUGUGCUUGAUAAACCUGAGCUCCAGCAGUGUGUGGAGGGCAGAAAGAUUCUUUUUAUAGGUGACUCAACUAACAGAGGGAUGAUGUACUAUCUAAUAGAAAGAGUGAAUGAGACUCUUCAGGAAUGGCAAAAGACUCAUGAUGUUAAAUGUUAUGAUAAUAUAAAUGAGGGAAAAACAUUUAUCAGUUACUCCUACUAUCCCCAGUUUUGGAUGACUGCAAACCAGAGACCAACUUUUGAAAAAGCACUAGAACAACUUCUGCAGAGAUCACGUCCCCUGGAGAACACAGACCAGACUGUAUUAAUUGUAGGUGGCGUUCAGUGGCUUAAUUCCAAUCACCUGCAAAUUAUCCGAAAGGUGUUGAACAGAGAAAAUCUAUCAAAUAUCCUGGUGAUUAUCAAAUCCAUAGGGAUGGGCUUUCACCUCCCAGUGGAUGGAAUACAUUCUUUAUCACAGGCAGAAGUACGAAACUUGUGGAAUGAAAACCUGGUUAUCUUGGAGACAGCAAAAACAUAUGGCUAUGAAGUUGUUGACACAUUUAUCAUCACAAUGGGACGAUACAAAGAAUUCCUGCGGGGGAAGUGCGGGUGUCAUUUCCAUGAGGUGGUGAAAUCCAAUCCUUCUGAAGAAAGUCCACACAUAACAAUGACGUUAUCAAGGCACUACACACUGGGGAAGUAUUUCAGCAGUCAAAGCAAGCUAUCGCAACUGCAGGACUAUGCAUCAAAUUCUCAGUCCCCAUAUCAUGUCCGAGGUCCAAUAAAUCAAGUUUAUUCUGAAAUCCUUCUGAACAGGCUCUGCGCAAGUAAGAGGGGGCUUGUCAGCACGUAGCCUCUCCUGAUGUAGUGCUGGGACUGGAGAUAUGCCACUAUGUGAAUGACAUUAGCAGGACCAUGCUGAAUUUAUGACACGCUUCCUUGAUUGGCUGCAUAUGUACCAACAGAGUUUGAAACGUGGCAUUUUUCCUAACAUGUUAUGAAAUCAAGCUUUGUGGUUUCAAAAUGGAAGAUGGAGGGAUGCAGAGAGAGAGCAGAUGGGAAGUUACUUGAACUGUUGCCAAAUGCUAGAACAGCUGUAGCUCAAGCAACUGUUUAUUAAUGAUAGUAAAGAGAGAAAUAUAUACACUUGAACAAUUUGGAAAGGACUGCUUUAGCUCUUCCGCACUAUCUAAUUUUCUAUUUAUAGAGACACUGUAAUAUUUGAAUGUAUUUAGAAACUGGGUACAUUCCAUUUUAAAGAGUUUUAUUUUAUGUGGAUGGGAUCCCCUUCAGUAUCAAAUCUUUUCUAUUUAGACACUUGGUUUAUAGAAUUCGAAAGUGCCCUUUUGAACUUCAUUUUUUUGCCCCCUGGAAACACUUCCCUUCCUUUUAUCUUAAAUGCAACAGAUGUCUACUCUAUUUUUUUGCAUUUUCUAAAGUUAAUAUAGAAAUAGAUUUCUUAGACUUGAGACUGAUUGUAAUUGUGUUAAAGUAACAUGUAAAUUCAGUGAAUACUUUAACAGACUUAUUCUAGGUCACACUGUAGAAGAAUGGCCAUAUGCAAGAAGGCUGACCUUUGUCACAUCCUAUUGCAAAUGGCGGGCCCCAUUGUAACACAGAAUUACACUGCUGCACCAUCCUCAUCAGCACUGUGGUUGUAUUUGACUCUGACUAGAUGACCAUAACAGAUACUUUAGAAAACAUCUGAUCAAUCCAUGGCCUGAUAUGUUUUGGCACAACUACAAAUGUCUUAAGAGGAAGCAGUAUUGUUUUUGUAUGAAUUAAAAGCACAAAGGUCAAUUGAAAAGUAAAAAAAAAUAAAUAAAUCACCUACACACUAGAGAGGGGAGUCAGAACCGGAUAAGUAUGAGUCUAAUAAAGGAUCCACUGAGCUCUCUGGCUUGCUUCUCCCUUCACAGAUUUAUAUAUAGUCCUCUACUUGCUUCCACUCUCUUUGGAAAAGGAAGCCACAAGCGAUGUCAGUAAACACACAAAUUAUAGUACAAAACUAAUUACUAUCUUCUGGGCCUUUGUAGCAAAGAGGGGCUACCAUAUUUAGAAAUAAGACUAGAAAUUAAUGGCACCACGUUUAGAGUUUACCAACAAGAACCUUAAACACAGUCCGUAUCCCCAGCUACAGUAUUGUGAAUUCUUGCUCCUUCAUAUAUAUGAAGUCAUGCAAUAUAGAGUCCUGUUUUCCUAGAUUGUCAGUAGAUUCUCAAAAAGAGGAUUUGGUACCCUCUAAUCUCGGAGACUUCCCACUAAGUAAACAAAGCUUCUAGUUUAGGCAAUGACCUUGCAGUAAGUGAGACGGUGUGAAUAUAUAUGUACGUGUUUUUCUACAAUAUGUUGCUGCUAUGCUUACAGUAAAUGUCCCUGAAUUUCUGCAUAAGGUUUUUCCUGAAAUGGAGAUUUAUAUGAAAGACAGGGUCAGGAGCUGUACAUAAAUACUGCAAAUGUCAGUAUUUGUUUUUGAGAAAUGUGAUUAUCUAAGGAAUAUAAUUGUAUGCAAAUGACAUAAGAUAAUAAGCUUGGGUUUGGAACUCUGCACAAGCAAAAAGAACUGCACAAGCUUUAAGUCAAGAGCUUUCAUAUCAAGUCAUUAACAUCAGUUGAUGCAAAAGGCAGCCAAAUAUAAUUGGCAUUGAGAUGAUCAAUGAUAGGAGUAUCGCAGUUCUGCUUCUGUUAAGAUCUUCUUUGCUCAUUUAAAUCCACAUGCUGUGGCUGUUAUUGUUAUGUACACAAAUGUUUUUAAGGCAUAACCUGUGUUUAUGUGUUUGUGGUUUGUUUUUAAUCAAAGACUAUGGCUGAAGCAUCAGCUACAGUGAGAAAAAGAGCUGACUUUGUCAUACUGUAGCUGAUAUUGGCGAAUGUGCAAUUCAUCACUUCCAGUUUCACCACAAAAUGGUUUACAUGUGCUGUACACACAGAUGUCUUAAUGUUUUCCAAAUCUUAAUAUUUUUCAAAUGUAGCAAGUUAUAUUUCUUCUGUAUGUUUGCUAUUUUUUAUGUAUCUGUGUAGGUAUUUACAUGUGUACAAAUUUAUUGUUACAGUUGCAAACCAAUGUUUAUUUAAAUGAGUUCUUUGAAUAUAUAUAUUUUUAUCACUGUAUAUGAGUCAUGUAAUCUUAGGAAUAAACAAAGGGAAUGCAGGUGCCAAAAGAGAUUUUUCACUAUUUCACUCAAAAUGUAUCUAUCAUCUAGAGGUACAUGAAAGAAGAGAUUUGAUAUUGACAUGGAAGCACUGCUUGUUCAUACACAUCAGAAUUAAGACUAGGACAAUAAAAGGAUUACUAUGUCUGAAUUCCAGUGAAAGCACAUGUGCUGCUAUUAUUGUUUUGCUCUAGAAUUAUCUUGUCUGCUAUGAUAUUUUGCCAGAAUAAGCAUUAGAAUGUUUCUGCUGUAUUUGCUGCCUAAUAAUAUAGUUUUUUUCCCCCCUAUAUUUGCCUUAGUCACAUUACGCACCAUUAAAAUGGCAAAAAACCUCA